AUGGGUGAUGUGAUUAGAUUAUCCUGCAAUUCACUGACUUUUGGUUCUUCGUUUGUGACUACAUUUUCUUCGUCAUUGAAUUCUUUUCAACCGAUUCUUCCACCCAAUCAAAGGCUACGUAAAGGGGUUGUUUCUGUUUCAGACGUUUCCUCUGUUACUGAUUCUUCAGUUGACUUUAGACCCCGCAAGCAAUUGGCAUCUUUUAAGGUACAUGCAACUGUUACUGAAACUGAGCAGCCUAAGUGGUGGGAAAGGAAUGCGGGUCCCAAUAUGAUUGACAUUCACUCAACACAAGAAUUCUUAAAUGCCUUGAGUGAGGCUGGGGACAGACUAGCUAUUGUCGAGUUCUAUGGAACAUGGUGCGCUUCGUGUCGAGCACUAUUUCCCAAGCUUUGCAGAACUGCUGAGGAACACCCAGAUAUUUUGUUCCUAAAAGUCAAUUUUGAUGAAAACAAGCCCAUGUGUAAGAGUUUGAAUGUCAAGGUACUUCCUUAUUUCCACUUCUAUAGAGGAGCGGACGGACAACUGGAGUCGUUCUCUUGUUCUCUUGCAAAAUUUCAGAAAAUAAAGGAUGCCAUCGUGUUACAUAACACGGCUCGUUGUAGCAUUGGUCCUCCUAGAGGUGUCGGGGAUCUCAAGCUCGAAAGCCUCUCAGCCCCGAAGGAGAAGCAAGCAGAAUCUACUGCAACAUAG